CCGGAGAGGGAAGAGUUUGCCCUAAACGUGUUUGGGUUUAAAAGACGUUUCCAGCCUUCCGGUUAGCAAUCUGGUGGGAGAGGUUAUCAUGGAGAGAGCUGUGUUAAACGUCACCUCUUUGCUGCUGCUGCUGGCUUUGGUUACCACUCUGCCAACCCAGGAGGACUGGGACAUCUACAGCUGUCACAUCAACUCCACAGUGACCAGUCGUUAUGCCACCACUGUCAUUACAAGCCGUGUGGCCAAUCGCAUGGACGAGUCCAAGGAAAUAGAGUUCCAUGUCCGGAUUCCCAAGAAUGCCUUCAUCAGUAAAUUCAGAAUGUUUAUUGAUGGGCAGCUGUACGAUGGUGCUGUGAAAGCAAAGGAGCAAGCUCAGCAAGAGUACACUCAGGCUGUGUCCAGUGGCCAGAGCGCUGGGAUGGUCAGUUCUGUUGGGAGGACCCUAGAGGAAUUUAAGACUUCUGUGAAUGUGGCUCCUCACAAAAAGGUGACCUUUGAACUCACAUACGAGGAGCUGCUGAAACGCCGGAUCGGCAAGUACAAGCUGCAAAUCCAUGCUCGCCCCAUGCAGCCUGUCAAAGACUUCAAGGUGGAUGUGCAUAUUCACGAGAAAGCCGGCAUCAGUUUCAUUAAAGUUCAAGGAGGACUGAGCACCAAGGACCUGGCUAAUGCCAUCACCAAAACACAUGCAGAUAAAGAGGCGUGGGUGCAUUUCUACCCCACCGAGGACCAACAGAAAACAUGUGACAGCUGUGGAGAGCAGGGUAUGAAUGGAGAUCUGGUUGUUGUGUAUGAUGUGAACAGAAACGCCUCGUUUGGAGACAUUAAGAAAAGUUUGGAUGGGUACUUUGUUCAUCACUUCGCUCCAUCUAAUCUUACCCGAAUAUCCAAGAACGUCGUCUUCAUUAUUGAUCAAAGUGGUUCCAUGCAUGGCAGAAAAAUUCAACAGACGAGAAAUGCAUUACUCCAAAUCUUGAGUGAACUGGCUGAAGACGACUACUUUGGUCUCAUCACCUUUGACAGCGAAAUCUUUCACUGGAAACGAGAACUUGUUCAGGCCAGCCAGGAAAACCUGGGUAGUGCCAAGGAAUUUGUAAAGCGUAUAAACGAUAGAGGAGCCACGGACAUUAACCUGGCAGUGUUGGAAGGAUCCCGUAUGCUGAAUGCACAUCCCAGAGAAGGUUCCGCAUCGAUUCUGAUACUUCUCACUGACGGAGACCCAACUUCAGGUGUGACAAAUCUGGGAAGAAUAAAGUCAAAUGUAAAGGAGGCCAUUGCAGGCAAAUUCCCACUCUACUGUCUUGGUUUUGGUUAUGAUGUCAACUUUGAGUUCCUGAAGACGAUGUCGCUGCAGAACGAUGGAGUGGCGCGGCGGAUCUAUGACGACUCUGAUGCUGAUAUACAGCUGAGGGGUUUCUAUGUAGAGGUGGCCACUCCUCUGCUGACAGAUGUGACAAUGAUAUAUUUGGGUGGGACCAAUUUGACCCAGACAAACUUCAGCCAGUAUUAUGAUGGCUCUGAGAUCGUGGUGGCCGGUCAGAUCACUGACAACAACGUUGAAACCUUUAUUCCACAAGUUGUGGCCAUCUCUCGGAAUAGCAAGGUGACAUUUUCGGAAACAAACAUGACUGAAAUAGUGUCUGACGACCACAUCCAGAGGGUUUGGGCCUACCUCACAGUCAAACAGCUUCUGGAGAAAGAGCUGCAGUUGUCUGGACCGGAGAAGGACAAGGUGAAGGAGGAGGCCUUGGAGCUGUCGCUGAAGUACAGCUUUGUGACCCCACUUACAUCCAUGGUGGUGACCAAGCCUCAAGGAGAGAGCACAGAUGUGCUCCAUAAACCAAAGGAAGGUGGUACAGACAGAGAUGAGCAGAGGAGCUCUGGAAGACCUUCUGCAGGAUAUUUUGGAGGAAGAAGAGGUUCUCAUAGCUUCUUGAGGACGAGAAGUCACGCAAUGGCUCAAAUUCCAGUGCUCCAUAGGCCUAUCAACACUGGAUCAGCACCCCGUCGUUCUAUGCGCCCUGGAAAAGCUGGUCAGAUCAACCAACAUGAUAUCGAUUACCAUAUGGUAUAUUUCGACUCUCCAGGCCAUUCAUCUCCUACAAUUGUGACAGCUACUGCUACUACUCCUACUACUGCUACUGCUCCUCCUUUUCACAGGUUUUUGCUGAAAGCUGAAAAUCAGUCUAUUCCACUGUGCUUUGACGUCAUUGGAAAUGUACGGCUUAAACUACUUCACAGUCCCAGCAGGGAGCUGUUUGUGAACGGUGAGCUGGACUCAGUUGCAAAUGGGGGCUUCACAAAGAUCGUCAUCCACGUCAAACCUGACCUGUACAUUGACAUUGACGUCAAUGAAAUCAUUGUACGAGAUGGACAGACACUGACACACCACACUGGAGAGGAGCAAAUCACAGCUGGAAGUGUGACGGUGAUUAAACGGAACAAGGAAGUCGAUGUCGCUACUGGGGACAUACGAAUUGUCAUCUUACUUCAUGAGAGGCACGGUGAAAAAUUCCUCUGGCCGGUUUUAAGGCGGCGUCCAUCUGACAACAAGGCUGAAGGAAUUUUAGCUCUAAAACCUGCAGUUUAUGAGGAGCUGCAGCAAACUCCCUCUUCCAGGCUUCAGAUCAAUGGGCAGGAGGUAGAUGUGGGCAGAUCCGAUGCUGUUGACUACAGUAUUGCCCGUAGCCCUAAACGGGGUUGCUGGCUUGUCUCUGCCGAUGCUGCCCUCCAGAGACCCCUGCAUGACUUCAUUGUCUAACAGCUUUAAGUGAAAGCGACGCUGUUUCUCUUGAGAAGAUCAUCCACCUGUGAUUAUCAACAUAAAUGAAUAAAUGGUGUCCCAGAUCCGUUUGUCUUCAACUUCAUUGAUUUAUAUUUAUUUCAAACAUUUUGUCAGAUGGUAUCAGUGUUCCCUUUUGUUAAGAACAAAAGGACACUCAGCGUUGUUCAUUGGCAUAAAAUCUACACAUUGAUUACCCCCCUAGGGAGGCUAUGUUUUUCAACUGCAUUUGUUUGUUUGGCAGCUGGAUUAUGCAAAAAUGUUGCUUCUUUUAUACUUUAACAAGAAACCCAGUUCAACCCCGUUUUUUAAGAGAUUACUGUUUGGCUGGUGUUGAGAUAUCUAUGUUUCUCUGUAUCUUGUGACUAUAUUUUACCUAUAUCGUAAAAAUAAUUUCAGCUGCAUAGUUCAUAUUAAGCUUAUGCUACAACUGUUUCUUUUCUUGGAAUGAUGUCUAACUUUUUGACUCAGACGCAGGGUUUGCACAACAGUCACGGGUGCUCAGGAAAGAGAGAGGACAUGCCAGAGAGGGGCUUCAUAAAACGUGAUGAGAAAAAGAUAUGAAAUCCUCCUCUGUGUCUAAUCUGCUGUGUCCGUCCGCUGUAGCAAACUCCCUGUUUGCCAAGGCCACAGUAGUGGGACACCUGGUCGGUUGAAUUUUCCCUUACAAGUGAUGUGCUUGCAAAAAACUGCACUUUGAGGAAACAGUAUACAUCUGGCCAAUAACUGAAUUCCCUCAAAGAAAAAGACCCGCCUCUGUGCUGCACCCUGUAUCUUGAUAAAUACUGUGGACUUAGGAUGAGUGUGCGCUUCUUCUUGACAUGAUCCAGUGAACCUGGUGACGUGUCCGGCAGAACCCCAGAGACUCUCUGUAAGUAUUUCAUUGUUUUACAAUAAAUGUUCAAUUUCCAGAA